AUGAAAAGAAAGUUCAAGAAGAACUCAAAGAAGUUCAAGGAUACAUUUUUCGCAGCUGCAAAUGCAUACACUGUCAAAAAGUUUGAGUACCACAUGGGAGAACUUGAUAGGAUUGACAACAGGCUACAACCUUACCUACAAAAUAUUGGCUACGAUAGAUGGGCAAGAGUUCACUCACCACACAAUAGAUACUCAAACAUGACAUCGAACAUUGCAGAAUCCUUGAAUUCUGCAAUUGUAGCAGUAAGAGAGCUACCAAUUUGUACAAUACUAAAGUGUUUACGAGGUUUGGUUCAACAAUGGAGUUGGACUAACAGGAAGAUAGAAAAUGCAACCUCCACCAAGUUGACUGAGAAGCAUGAAGUGAUCUUGAAUGACAACUACAUCUACUCAUUGAAGUUGACGUUCUUAUUUGACUACACAUACAACCAUAACAAUGUUACAUUGGGAAAAAAUAGGUUUCAGAUGGAUCAACUUCCUUGUGCCCAUGUAAUUGCUAUUCUUAAAGAAAUGAAUCAAGACCCAUAUCAAUACUAUUCUCCAUAUUAUAGCAAGGAAGCCAUGGUUGCAACCUAUCGAGAAAUUGUAUACCCAAUUGGCAAUGAAGACACUUGGGAAAUACCUGAACAUAUCAAAGCUGUGAAAGUACACCCUCCAGAAGGAAGAAUAAGGGUAGGCAGACCAAAGAAAAGAAGAUGCAAAGUUGCAUGGGAGAAAAAUAAAAAACCUAAAAAGCAAAACAAAUGUGGAAGUUGUGGGAGUUGCAAUGACUUUGUAAUUGAGGUUGCAAUAGGUUGCAAUGGGUUUGCAUUUAAGAUAGCAAAAUUGGCUGCAUUAGAUUCAAACAGGCUUGCAUUUGAGGUUGCAUUCAAGAUGCAAAAUUAG